UCGUUGCGUGGAACCGCUGUUAUUUCUCAAUUCAAUUCCAUUGCUCUCUCACGUAAACAUAAUAAAUUGCAAGAAUAGUUUUUAAUGUGUGGAUAGACAAUUAUCUAGUUCAGUGAAAUCGGUAAAUACAUUAUGGUAUUGCAAGAAGAUCGUCCCUACAAUCCCAUUUUGCGAGCACCGAUGGAUCCUGACGAAGAAAUCGUUAUAUCUGGAAUAUCGGGGAGAUUUCCAGAGUCAGAUAACAUGAAACUAUUUUGUGAUAAUCUUAUGAAUAAAGUGGAUUUGAUUACUGAUGAUUCUCGGCGUUGGAUACUAGAUCACCCGGAAAUUCCCCAGGCUACAGGAAAAGUCAAUAAUAUUGAGAAGUUCGAUGCCGAUUUCUUUAGUUAUGACUUCAAGGAAGCUCAUACUAUGGAUCCACAAGGUAGAAUGUUGCUGGAGCACGCUUAUGAAGCAAUUGUUGAUGCUGGAGUCAAUCCCAAGAGCUUGAGGGGCACCAACACCGGGGUAUUCGUUGGAGCCUGUUGUGCAGAGUCCGAAAUCGUUUGGAUUUAUCAAAAACUUCAGAAAGAUGGCUAUGGUGUUACUGGAUCGUGCCGAGCGAUGCUGGCAAAUCGGUUGACUCAAUGGCUUGGAGUAAGAGGACCAAGUUAUACUGUCGAUUCCGCCUGCAGCUCCAGCCUCUUCGCCAUGGAGCACGCAUACAGAGCUAUUCGGACAGGUCUAUGUGAUUAUGCCCUCGUUGGUGGCACCAAUCUUUGUCUCCAUCCUUAUGUUUCAUUCCAAUUCGCACGCCUAGGUGUUUUAUCUCGUGAUGGUCGAUCGAAAUCGUUUGACAAUAACGCGAAUGGUUACGCCAGGGCUGAGACCAUAAGCGUAGCAUUCCUGCAAAAAUCCAAAGACGCAAAACGUAUUUAUGCAACUGUUGUUCACGCAAAGACUAACUGCGACGGCUUCAAACCCCAGGGGAUUACUUUCCCAUCGAGUAAGAUUCAGAGUGUUCUUCUAAAAGAUUUCUAUGAAGAGUGCAGAGUCUCGCCAUCAUCGCUGGCAUAUCUUGAGACUCACGGUACUGGAACUAAAGUGGGAGAUCCCGAAGAGCUAAAUGCAAUUGAAACAGUUUUCUGUCCGGGGAGGAAAGAGCCAUUGAUAAUUGGUUCAGUCAAAUCAAAUAUUGGUCACGCUGAACCAGCCAGUGGAAUGGGUCAAAUAGCUAAAGUAGUUAUUGCCAAUGAAACCGGUGUUAUUCCACCAAAUCUGCACUAUAAAGAGCCGCGUGAAGGUGUUGAAGCUCUUGCUGAUGGAAGACUCAAAGUUGUCACUGAAUUAACGCCUUGGAGUGGAGGAUAUGUUGGGAUCAGUUCGUUUGGCUUUGGUGGUGCCAAUGCGCACGUACUCCUUAAAUCGUUUUCUAAGAAAAAAAUUAAUGGUGGAGCUCCUCAGGAUGGCCUCCCGAGACUGAUUGUUGCUUCUGGAAGAACUGAAGAGGCUGUAGACUUUAUAUUGACAGAUAUUGAAAACCGUCCGAUUGAUGUAGAAUACAUCCGCCUGUUGCAUGAUCUUCACGCAGAGAAUCUUUCAGGUCACUUUUAUCGAGGCUAUACGAUCCUGAGUGGCUCAGGUGUAGAGAACAAGCCUCGAGAAAUCCAGCAUUAUUCAGAAAUCAAGCGACCUGUUUGGUUCGUCUUCUCGGAAUCGGAUGCCUGGUGGACAACGAAAUGCCACUCCCUCGUCGAAUUCCCAAUCUUCGCAAAUGCUAUAAGCAAAUGCGAUGCAAUUCUCAAGCCUUGUGGGAUCAAUGUCUACAGCAUCUUGAUGAAUAAUGACGGACAAAUGUCCAAUCAUGUCUUGAGUUCCUUUGUUGGCAAAACUGCUGUCCGCAUCGGACUCGUCGACCUUCUGACAUCAUUAGGAAUACAUCCAGAUGGUAUAAUUGGAUUUUCACGUGGAGAACUGGACUGUGGGUACGCUGAUGGUUCUCUCACCCUAGAGCAAACCAUCCUCGCGGCGUACUGGGCAGGUUUAGCACUCUUGGAGAUAAAAACAAUAACUGGUUCAAUGGCAAAAGUCAGUCUUGGUCACCAGGAGCUUCAAAACCUCUGCCCAGCAGAUAUCCAGGUUACCUACGAGGGCCCUGGAAACUCUAUUAUAAGCGGACCAGAAGAGUCCAUCAAAGCUUUCGUAGCUCAUUUGACUUCAAACAAAUUUCAGGCUCAGGAAAUUCGCUGUCACGACAUCCCUUAUUACAGUAGACACGUUGCAGGCAUUGAAUCAAAGAUAUUUACGCACCUGAAGAAAGCGAUCCCAGAGGCGAAACCUAGAAGUUCUAAAUGGUACAGCACAUCUGCACUCGAUUCUCAAUGGGACUCGUCUCAGACUAGAUUCUCAUCAGCAAAAUAUCACACAAAUAGUUUCCUCUCGCCCAUUCUCUGUGAUGGCACAUCAACAUUCAUCCCUGAAGAAGCCAUUAUUAUUGAGAUUGGGGCUCAUGGGCUUUCCGAAGACAUCCCGAAGAAAUCUCCCAACCCGAAGAAGACACACAUAAAUCUCCUUCAAGGUAGAUAUGAAAACAAUGUUGAAGCUUUCCUCCAUGCAAUUGGAAAAUCGUAUGAAAUUGGGAUGCAGCCCAAAAUAUGGAAUCUCUACCCGGAAGUAAAAUUCCCGGUAUCUAGGGGGACGCCUAUGAUAUCUCCUCUUAUCAAGUGGAAUCAUUCUGAGGACUGGUAUGUGACAUCCUAUCAGGAGCAGGAGAAGAUAACAUCUGGAGAGAGAACGCUGGAGUUGUCACUCUCUGAUGAGGACUAUGAGUACAUGAGUGGUCAUAUUAUCGAUGGACGGAAUCUACUCCCUGCGAUGGGAUAUUUAACACUCAUCUGGGAAACUCUGGGAAUGCUCAGGGGAAGAUUGUACACUGAAGUACCUGUUAUUUUCGAGGAUGUUAAUUUCGUGAGGGCAACAACAGUCACGAAAGAGCCCAUCAAGAUAACUCUUAUGAUUCAGAAAGGGUCAGGUAAAUUCGAAGUGAUCGAAGGUGGUGCAGCAAUCGUCACUGGAGUUGUUCGAACCACAAUAGAUGUUCAAUCCGAACAAAUAAAAAUAUCAGCGAGUGAAGAUGAACCUGAACCCCUGGAGGCCAAAGAUGUAUACAAAGAGUUUAGAUUACGUGGGUAUCAGUACUCUGGAUUAUUCCGGGCUAUUAAGAGUGCCAAUUUGGAUGGGACCAAGGGGACAAUCCGCUGGAACAGCAACUGGGUAGCAUUCAUGGACAAUAUGCUGCAGAUGAGGCUGUUGGGACUCGAUACGAGGAAUCUCCUCGUGCCUACAAGGAUUCAGAAGCUUGUGAUUGAUACUAAGGAACACUCUCGACAGAUUCGAUCACUGCCGUAUGAUGAACAAGAACUCAAGGUUUACGUGAGCAGAAAACACGACACGAUAACUUCCGGAGGAAUUCAGAUACGUGGAUUACAGGCGAGUUCGAUAUCUCGAAGAAAACCAGCAGGUGAACCAGUUCUGGAAACGUACAGAUUUAUACCUCACAGAGAUCUGGGGAGCGAAAUCUCAUUUAAAGACGCGAUUCGUCUGGCAGUACAUCUCUCUUUGGAGAACCACCUCAAUAUUAAAGUUAAAACAUUAGAAUUCCUAGAAAAGGGUGAAAAAUAUUCCUCCGAAGAUCUCUUCUCCGUCAACAUCGCAGAAAUACUGGCAGAUCUUCCAAUGAUUCAAUCAGACGUAAACAUAGUCACAGCAGAGAAUCCCUUCGAAGAAGAUUCACCUCAAAACAUCAACGUGAUAGAACCCAAGAAAUUGUCCUCAGACACCAAUACUCUACUGCUAGUUGCUCGAGAUUUUCUCUCACCCAAAAAAAGUGCAACAUUGACACACUACCUAUCAACUCUGAAAGACGGGGGCUUUAUCCUCUCACUGGAGUCCUCAUCGCCAGAGGACAUUGAUCUAUCCCUGAAGAAAUACUCUCUCCAUCUAAUAUCCGAAAGAACAGUCACUGGCUCCAGACUUGUCCUUCUCCGUAAAAUGGAAAAAAUUCCCAGAAAGUCUGUUCUCAUUUACGUCAGUAACAAAGAAUUUACGUGGCUUGACAACUUAAAAGCAGUAUUGCAGGCAGAAACUGAGCGCGAGCUAUCAGGGGCAUCUAGAAUUCUGCUGAUAAGCGAUAAGACAUUUGAGAAUGGUCUUCUGGGUUUUGUUAAUUGUCUCCGAAGGGAGCCCGGUGGAGAGAUCGUUCGGGCGGUGGUGAUCCAGGACUCAAGUGCUCCCGAUUUUUCACUUUCCGAGCCUCUCUAUGCUGAGCAAAUGAAGCUAGACCUUGCCGUUAACGUUCUGAGACCAGGAGGUAAUUGGGGAUCAUACAGACAUCUUCCUCUUCCAGUUCUGACAGAACGUUUGAGUGAUCAUGUCUGGGCAAAUCAACUUGUCAAAGGCGAUUUGACCUCGUUCCGAUGGAUGCAAGGACCAAUCACACCAAACUUCAAGGACUCUGAUCUCAUCAAUGUCGUCUAUUCACCGAUCAACUUCAAGGACGUCAUGAUUGCUACGGGAAAAUUGAAUGCCGAUGUCUUUGUAAAAACUAGAAGUGCAGCAGAGUGUCUCCUAGGAUUUGAGUAUGCUGGAAUAACAUCUAGUGGCUCCAGGGUAAUGGGUAUCAUCAAUUCGUAUGCUAUGACCAAUCUGUUGGUUCAUGAUCCCAAUUUAACUUGGCGAGUGCCAGAUUCGUGGACUCUGGAAGAGGCAGCCACUGUGCCGUGUGUUUAUGCCACCUGCUGCUAUUCUCUUUAUCUCCGGGCAAACAUGAAGAAGGGAGAUAAAGUACUGAUUCACGCUGGAUCUGGUGGUGUUGGUCAAGCAGCUAUUCAUCUCGCCCUGUCGACUGGUUGUGAAAUUUUUACGACUGUUGGCACUCCAGAGAAGAGGGCAUUCAUUCACAAGACAUUUCCGCAGAUUCCUGAUGAUCACAUUGGGAAUUCCAGGGAUACGAGUUUCGAGCAGAUGGUGAUGAACAAGACAAAUGGAUAUGGAGUUGAUAUUGUUCUUAAUUCACUAGCUGAAGAUAAGCUGCAGGCGUCAGUAAGAUGUCUAGCUGAAGGAGGUAAAUUCUUGGAGAUCGGAAAGUUCGAUAUGGCUAAUAAUAGCCCUUUGGGAAUUUCUGCUUUCUCCAAGGGGAUUAGUUUCUAUGGAGUAUUGGUGGAUAAAGUAUUUGAGGCACCUCUGGAAAAAAGAGAAGAGCUGCAUAGAUUAAUGCAAAAAAUUCUCGAUGAAGGGGCCAUCAGGCCGUUUAAUGCUACUGUAUUUCCCAGAGAGCAAAUUGAAUCGGCUUUUAGGUACAUGGCUGCUGGUAAACACAUUGGAAAGGUUGUCCUUAAGAUUCAAGAUGAAAAAAGUUUGGGAAAGAGAAUUCCUGCUUCUCCGCGAUAUUAUUGUCGCAGAGACCGUUGUUACUUAAUUCUAGGGGGUCUCGGUGGGUUCGGCCUCGAAUUAGCUGAUUGGCUGAUUUUUCGAGGAGCAAGACACUUGGUUCUCACUUCUCGUUCAGGUAUCAAAAGUGGCUAUCAACGGAUAAGGAUUAAACUGUGGAGAAGUUACGGUGUCAAUGUCACUAUCAUCACUGGAAAGGAAGCAUCCAAGGAAAAGGAUUGCGAAGAAAUUCUUUCGAUAGCUUCGAAACAGGCACCAGUGGAUGCGAUUUAUAAUCUCGCCGUCGUCCUGAAAGACAGUCUUUUGGAGAAUCAAACAGCAGAGAUGUUUGAGGAGUCGUUCAAAGCCAAAGCUUGGAGCACAAGAAAUAUUGAUGAACUUUCUAGAAAAUUGUGUCCACAACUUCGGUAUUUUGUUGUCUUCUCUUCAGUCUCCUGCGGUCGUGGAAAUGCAGGGCAAACCAAUUAUGGAAUGUCCAACUCUGUUAUGGAGAGAAUCUGUGAAAGACGGGCUGCUGAGGGCCUUCCUGCACUGGCAAUUCAGUGGGGAGCUGUUGGAGACGUUGGUCUCGUUGCAGAUAUGCAGGAAAAUGACAAAGAGCUCGUGAUUGGAGGUACUCUCCAGCAGAGGAUAACAUCCUGUCUUCACGAACUCGAUGGCUUCCUCAAUCAAACCUCUCCAAUCGUUGCGAGCAUGGUGGUAGCUGAAAAGAGAGCUGGUGGCUCUGGUUCUCUGAAUGUCGUUGAUACUGUGCUCAAUAUCAUGGGUUUCAAAGAUCUGAAAUUAGUUGGACAUCAUACGUCACUGGCUGAACUGGGGAUGGACUCGAUGAUGGCUGUGGAGAUCAAGCAGACGUUGGAACGGGAGUUUGAGAUUUUUCUAACAGCUCAAGAUAUUCGCAACCUGAAUUUCGCCAAAUUGAUUGGUAUGAACUCGAGAGAUACUGAGCUGAAGAGAAUGAUUGAGGACACGAGGGAGGAAGAGGAACUUAUAGGGAUGAAAUUACUGAUUAGAUUGCUUGGAGAGGAGGAGGCAAUGAACGAGACUUGCUUAAAAUUAUCCACGGGACUGACGAGUGGACAACCUGAGGUGUUUUUCAUUCCGGGACUUGAAGGUUGCGGUGCUGUAUUUAUGAAAUUGGCAAAGAACAUUAAAGCUCCUGCGACUUGUCUACAAUUAAAUAAUAUGGGGACACAGUAUCUUUCUAUUCGGGAUAUGGCACGUCUAUUAUUGCCGUACAUGUUGAAGAGAAAUCGUGAAACGCGGCACUUCAUAAUUGUUGGAUACUCGUAUGGAUCACUCAUUGCUAUUGAACUCAUGAGACAAUUGGAAGCCAAAGACUUCAGUGGAAAAUUAAUUCUAAUCGACGGCGCUCCACUCUAUAUGAAAUCCAUCAAAGAUCAACACUUGAGAGCAGAUAACGACGAAGAACUCCAAACAAAUGUUCUCAUCGGAAUGGCCGAUGCUGCUCUAUCUGAAGGAAGUAUCGCACUGUUAGCGGAUCUUAAAAAAUGUAAAUCUUGGGACGAAAAGUUGAACGUUUUUAUGGAACGCACGCAGACUGAUACUCUGGAAAUCUCCGUUGAGCAACGACGGAAUAUUUGUACCUGCAUUUACAAUCGAUUACUUGCACUUGAUCAUUACGAUAUUUCUAGUGACGCUCCUCUGAAAUCUCCAAUUACUCUUCUGAAACCAACACAGGAGGCUCUAAAGAAUUUACCUGUAGAUUACGAUCUCCGCAAGGUAACGAGGGAGAAGGUCCUGUGUCGGAUUCUAGAGGGAAAUCAUCUGACGAUUAUUGAUAAUCCGGAGGUAACAGACAUUAUAAAUAACGAGGAAAUUCAAGAGAUGAUGCCAGCGAAAACCAGUAUCAGUAAACCCGGAGCAUUCGUCAAUACUAUCGAUACUAUCAAUGAUACAAAUCGUGGGAAGACAUUGAGUUAAACAGAUUACAAUGUUUAAUUAAUGACAAUAAAUUUAUCGCAAAUUUUGACGUUUGUCACUCGAUUUCUAGUGCAUCGCUUUGUGAAAACGUGUUUCGCUCAUUUUACGCUAAGCAAAUAGUGUCAGAACCAAUCCAAUGGUUGUCUGAAAAUUAAUAAAGAUAAAUUGUUUGAUA